AUGAGUGAACCGGCGCAGCUCUGUGGCAGCUAUUCCAAUGUGAGAGAGGAGCUGGUGGAAAGUUUCUGGUGUCCGAGGAAGACGGACGGCGCGGACGAAGUUCACUGCUGCGGCUUCUCAGACCUCAAGUACUGCUGCAGCGAGGCCGACAACUAUUUCCCCUAUCCGCACGGGUACAUGUGGUCACUCAGUAUAGGUGCAAUGGUGGGAUUAGGAAUUGCUGCCCUUGUUUUACUGGCAUUUGUCAUCAGUGCCUUUGUGCUGUGCUAUUUAUUUCUCUGCACUAAACCUCAAAGAUUAGAUUCUGGCCUCAGACUGCAGAACCUGACAACACCUCCAGUACAAACAAGGACAAAGAAAAACAAACAAGGGAUCUUGGAAACAACAGUGCGCACAUCAGCAGGAGUUCCACCACCCAUUCCAAAUAGAACUGUUCAAGAUCAACCAUUGACAACAGUGAUAGAGAUUGAAGCUGCAGCAACCAGAAUCUCAUAA